GUGCGUAACAUGACGUCGUACGCAAUAGGUCGUAUUGUCACCGCAGGAAAAUACUCAACAUUUUGCAAUACUGUUCCUAGUUUCUCCACAUCGAGCGGCUCUGAACGAUGAGCUGGCAUUUAUUUUAAGCCGUUUUAUCUGUAAAACAAUUCGCUUCUUAGGCUACUUUAUACAGAGACGCUUGCUUUUAAGUUUUGCUGCAGUUUGAAUAACGUUAAUGUAUGGCUGCAAUGCAUGCAAACGUGCUAAGAAGAUGUCAACAAUUUGGAGUCAGCGAAUCUGUCAUCUUGACUAAAGUAUUUAAGAUAUUCCUUGCACCUAACCCCCAUUGAUAAAAUCCUCCCCAAAAAAAGGAUAAACAAAUGUAUGAGAUCAGUGACCUUAUUACCCGAUCUUGUCCCCAGCCCUGAACUUGACAGCCUCUUUUAAACCUGUCCCCACCCCAUCCCCUUAACUGGGGUCACAUCAUCAGACCCGCAGCAUUGCCAUGCUGUGCUGUCUGCUGCGUAGGAGCAUGUCUCAUAAACUUAGUAUGGUACUGGUGCUCUUCGGGCUGGCCUGGUGUUUGCUGCUGUUUCACUACACCGUCACACAACCACGCCGGCAGAGCAGCGCAGAGCUCCGCCAACAGAUCCUUGAGCUCAGCCAUCGCUACGUCAAAGUCCUUAGCGAGGAGAACCAGAAUCCUUCAGCGCCCCAUGGCACCUCCAUGGCAGGAUAUACUGACUUGAAGAAGACAAUUGCUGUGCUCUUAGAUGAUAUCCUCAACCGUUUGGUGAAGCUGGAGGGGAAAGUGGAUGCUGCUGUGAACGCUUCCGUGCACAACAUCUCCCAUCCUGCUGCUGGAGCCGGGACUCUCCUUUCUGCCAAAGUUGCUGUUUCAAAGUUGCCCACCAAGCCAAAUAUGCCUGCCCAUCGGCCAGACAGACGUAGUAACCCUCUGCAGUUCCUGCCACAAUCACCUGACAGGCCACAUAAUCCAAACUCUUUAAAAUAGAAAACUGUGGCUAUGGACAUCAUCUGUGUCAUUACAGCAAAGACUGUACAGAGAUAAAUAUAAAUAGAUAUUUUUUUUAGACUAAAGCAGCUUUUAGACAUUUUUUUUAGUUGUCCACAUGAGCUUCAGCUUAAUUGUUUUGUCUUUUAUUAAUGGAUAAGAAAUAUAUUUUAUAACUUAUUUGCAAUACGAAAUAUAAGACCUGAGAGAGUGAUAGGAUGAGAUUAUUAUAGUUUUUUUGACAGAAAACUGAGUUUUGAUGUACAGAUGAGUGUUUCAUAAUGUAUCUGCAAAAGACUCCAUGUACAGCAUCAUAUCCUUGCUACUGUUGGCGCCUUUUAAUCAUUAGGAUUACAUGCGUUUCUACGCAUUAAUUGAACUGUGGAUCCAAAGAAUAUUCUCUGAAUAGUUGAUUGAUGUCUCGGUGGGAUUUACCUCAAAACUGAAUUUAGCAUUAAGCUUUCAGAAGCUGUACACCAGGUACUACAAUUCAAUCCAUGCAAUAAAAGAUGUACCAGACUU